AUGAGAAGGAUACUGGAAAUCCAUAAUGAAGGGGGAGGAGGCAAAUACUUAGGUGUCCCGGAGCAAUUUGGGAGAAAAAAAACAGAGAUGUUUCAGUAUAUUGUCGACAAAGUUAAAGAGCGAACUCAGGGUUGGCACAAAAGCUUUUUGUCUACUGGGGGUAAAGAGGUUCUACUUAAGUCGGUCGCCAUUGCAUUACCGGUGUAUUCGAUGAAUGUUUUCAAGUUACCAACAGGAAUGUGUGAAGAAAUAAAUAGUGUGUUGGCUAAGUUCUGGUGGAAUACGAAUGAAGAGAGAAAAGGAAUGCAUUGGUUUAAGUGGAAGCCGCUAUGCUUCCCGAAAAAAGAAGGUGGAAUUGGCUUUAGAGAUAUUGAAAGCUUUAACUUGGCACUCUUGGGGAAAACAAGCAUGGAGAUUGUUGCAGAAUUCAGAAUGUCUUAUGGCUCGUGUGAUGAGAGGUAG